AUGAAGAGGUCGAUCAAGGUUUGCCACUCCAAAACAAGGGGAUUUCCGCUAGUAGAGAGUAUAUACCAUGCCGAGCUUGACUUAGACCACUCCAUUCUUUCGACAGCGGAGCUCUUGAUGUCCCCAGGAUCAUUCAUGAGAGUGGAGUUUUUUCGUGCUACUAAGAGUGUUUUUGGCAAUGAUUCUUUCAAUAUGAUUGACAUCUACUCUGUGUACAGGAGCGGGAGGUUGUUCUUCAACGAGUCUCCAAUUCCAUGGGAGUCUGACUCACAGAUAUCCUGGGAGGAAUACAGGAGAAAACUGGUUGCCCAUGUUUCGAAGCUCCUCAGCCAUUGCAUAGGGCACGGAGAGGGCCUAGACGAUCGCUACGUGCUAUGUACGAAGCUUGGCCUUCUACCUCCCGUUUGCCCAAGGAACUGCGGGAAAGAGCUGCAGAGGCUUUCCAAAGAGCUCGAUCUGAUGAGAAGGCUCGAGAGCCUACAACAGCAUGGAUCUGAGGCAACUGAGGGCAGCUAUAUCGAUGAAGCAUUCAGCAUACUUGCGUCUUAUAGAGGAAACCCUGAACUAGAGAUCAGAUUCGUCCUGGAAGCAAUGGACAUGCUGCCGUUCUUUGCUGUCAGAAGAAUGGCCGAAAAUAUCCCUAGGGCAAGAAGGUGCCAAGCAAUUCUGCUGUAUUAUAGGGUGUACCUAAAGUCUCUGGAGAAGAAAAAGUAUAGAACUGCAUUUUUGUUUUCGAUAAGUGCAUCGAGGCUGCUCAAGCAGGGGAUAAACCUGGGAUUCGAGGAGUCCAUAAAGCUGGGGUCCACAGGGUGUAUCAGAGAGAGAAAUUGGAGGAUGGUGCUGAGAGAUGUAAUGAGCAAGGUGGAGGAGCUAGAUGCAUGUAGGUACGGAGUCAACCCAUACAGGCUGUGCGGGGUUGACAGGAGUGAGUUUAUUGUCAAGUCUGUGGAGCUAGAUCGGUCCAAUGUCGCCAAGUGUUCCGGGAAUGCCAUAUUGUUCAACGGAGAAAGUACAAGGACAUACUUUACAGAACAGCUUAGAAUCAGGAUCCUGUUUUCUAGGAUAUCUUGUGCUAAUAUCCAUGGGGUUUCAGGGAGUAUUGCAGGUGCAGAGAUAUUCAUGCCUGUGUAUAAGACCUUGCGCGAAACCUCGUCAACCAUCCAUGUCAUCUUCAGCCCUUCUAGGCUACCGCUCCUCACUGGGGAUGGGAGCGAUGAGUUCGAGAUGAGGCUGGAGAAGUUAGUCUUCUCCGGUAAGGUAGUUGUGCCCAUCGACCUGACAGCCGUCUGGAUAAGAAGAAAAAGCGCUGUAUAUCUCAAGAGCAUCAGCCCUCCCAACAAGGAAGGGAAGGUUUUCUUUUUGCUUACACUGUCUAACCUUGGAGGGUUUGCGUCUAGUAUCCUUGGCCCCAGUGUCAUAGAAAGGAACGGAUGUGAAGUGACCGUUUUGUUAGAUCUCUCCCAAGGCUCUAAAACAUGUCUACACCACGAGGUCUCAGAAGAUGUAUUCGAAACACUCGAACUCACAUACCAUCUGUAG